AUGGCUUCUGUUAUGGCAUUGGGCGCCGGCGCUGCCGUCGCAGCCUUUUUGGGCCGAGCUGGUCUGGUCGCAUGGAGACGUUCGCGUGGCGGCGUCGGAGCCAUGGGACAGGCUUUCUACAAGGGUGGUUUUGAGCCCAAGAUGACCAAGAAGGAGGCUACUCUGAUCCUUUCUCUUAAUGAACGAGCUGUUACCAAGGACAAGAUCCGCAAGGCUCAUCGAAACCUCAUGCUUCUUAACCAUCCCGAUCGAGGCGGCAGUCCUUACCUUGCGACAAAGGUGAACGAGGCGAAGGAGUUUCUCGACAAAAACAGUUAA